AUGCAAGCCCAUGAGAAUAAUUCAAAACACCAAGAAUGUGUUCAUACCCUUAUUAGUAGACGCCGUAUUCAUGGACGAAUUGACACCUCUUUGGAAAUUUCCAUCAACAAAGAAAGAGAAUAUUGGACACAAAUUUUACAAAGAGUAGUAUCGGUCAUCAAAUUUGUAUCAUCUCGUGGACUGCCAUUUCGUGGGGAUGAUGAAAUUCUUGGUUCUCAGCAUAAUGGUAACUAUUUGGGAAUUUUAGAAUUACUCGCCGAGUAUGAUCCUUUUCUUAGUGCUCAUUUAGCUAAAUAUGGCAAUAAAGGAAAAGGAAGACCAUCAUAUUUGUCUUCAACAAUUUGUGAGGAAUUGAUUGAAAUAUUGGGAAACCGGGUUUUAGAAUUUAUUGUGAACGAAAUUAUCGAAGCUAAAUAUUUCUCCAUAAGUGUCGAUUCCACACCAGACAUUUCUCAUACUGACCAGUUGACUGUAGUGCUGAGAUAUGUCAAGUCAAACGGAGAAGUAGCAGAACGUUUUCUGGCCUUUAUUCCAAUGGCCAGUCAUAAAGGGGAAGAACUAGCAGAAGCAAUUUUGAAAUUUUUAAAUAAAUAUCAUAUUAACAUCAAAAAUGCGAGAGGGCAGUCAUACGAUAACGCUUCAAAUAUGUCAGGUUGCUAUAAUGGCCUACAGGCGCAUAUUAAAAAAAUUAAUCCUCUCGCACAUUACGUUCCAUGUGCAGCGCAUUCCCUAAAUUUGGUGGGAGUGCGUGCUGCAGAGUGUUGCAUUGGUGCAAUAAGUUUUUUUGGAUUUGUGCAGACCUUGUAUAACUUUUUCUCCGCAUCAACUCAUCGCUGGGGAAUAAUGCAAAAUAACAUUGAAAACGGAUUAGUUCUAAAAAAAGUAUCUUUUACAAGGUGGUGUGCUAGAGCCGACGCAACGAAAGCUUUAUCAAAAGGUUUCCUCGAUUUUCAGAAAGCUUUGCAGUCUAUUAUUGAAGACAAAACACAAACAACACAAAUAAUUCACGAGGCUCGUUGUUUGUUCAAAGAAUUUGAAAAAAAAGAAAAUGUAAUAAUGACACUUUUCUGGAAUGCCAUACUGGAUCGGAUAAAUGCAGUAAGCAAAUCCCUACAACAUCCAGCCAUCGAACUUACAACAGCAGUCGAUCUUUUAAAAUCGCUCUUACAUUUUUUGGCAUCGCAGCGGGAAUUGUUUGAUGAGUAUGAAAUGCAGGCAAACCAAAAAACCAACAUCGAAUACAGUGAUGAAAAUCAGAGGGUUAGAAGAAGAAAAAAGUAUCAUGAUGAAGGAAGUGGAAGAAGUCUUACUGAAUGGAAAACAAAAGUUUAA